CCACCACACGACUUUGCCUCUCUUUGGAAGUUGGGCGACUGAGAAAGACAUUUUAGUUUUGAAAGGAGGACACCAAUGGCGCACACUAGAAAUUUCCAGCAAAUGUUGGGUCUUUCAGGGAUGAUAUUUCUGGUUGCCCUAAGUUUGAUGGCAUGCUCCGCUCGGGAAGGUAUGGCAUGCCCACAAUACUGCUUAGAUGUGGCCUAUACCACCUGCACCUCAACUGGGGACCAACAUCUGCGCUCCUACUGCAAUUGUUGUCUUGUGCCUAACAGUCACGACUGCACCCUGCAUCUCACUGAUGGCUCGCAGAUGUCUUGUUGAAACAACCCUUCAUACAUAACAGAGAUCAUCUCUCUCUUAUCUUAAAUAAGAUCCAACUUUGUUAAAAAGAACAAAUAGUUUUCUGAGGACUGUUUGAUUUGCUUCCUGUUUCUGCAUCUGGAUCAGAUUGUGUAUGUUUAAAUUCACUCUCACUACUCGACUGUAAUAAAAUUAGGGAAUGUUU